AUGCGGCUCGCUCCCUUUGUGCAUCGGCAGACUGAAGAGAAGGGCAUCCGCCAUCUCUGUCCUUUCGAUCUUCUCUCACAGACGCCGCAAAUUGUCGAGUGGAACACCGAUAGCCAAACUGCACGUGCCCCUUCUUAUCUGCGGCGGAUGUUGCAACCGUGGGAAAUCCGGAAGAAGUUCUCUCGAGUCCUCUACAGUUCGCGGAGCCUCUGCGUUCGAGACGACGAAAAUGUGGCCGAGUUCUCUCGCCUUCCUUCUGCUUUUUUCUCCUUGCACUAUUUGAACGACUACUGGGCCGUUGCGGACGCCCUGGACCAGGGUCAUCACACGGUGGCCAUCCUCAAUGGAAGGCUCUGCGAGACGGACUACCCGGAGGGGACGGAUCCUGUAGAGGAUUGCGAUGCUUUUCUUUCCUGUUGGAUGGUCGUCGUGAUCCCCUUGGACGUUUGGAGCCGACUGGAUGACGGUCAACUGGACUUCAUCACUUUCAAUCACGCUUUCAUCGCUCCGAAUGCCAAUUUCCUGCUGGCGAUGGGGACGUUGGACGAGACGGGGAAAGCCACGAUGGUCGUCGUGGAGAUCUCGCAGAUGGACGGCACCGUCGUGGAUAGACGCGGCAUGGCCUGUCAGCACACGGAAGGCGCUUACUUCCUCAAGAAGGCCGCCGCUCAGCCCACGCACCACCUUGAGACGUACGAUGACCUGAAGCAAGCACUGUUGGAGGGGAGGCACGUCACCUUCCUGGGGUUCGGCGAUAGGUGUCAGGGGGCGCCAGCUGACUUCCCCGUAUUCCAUGCUGGCACGUACCAGCUCCAAUACUACAUCGAUUCAGAUCCUGAGACCGGUGAAGAGUACAUUGCCCUCAUCUACGAGAUGAGCGCAGUGAAUGCCGUGUCGGAUAUGGUUUUUUACAACUCCCACAUGCUGGUGGAUCGGGACGGAGUAGUGACAACGACGACGAGCGAAUACAAUAUGAACACUUGGGAGAACGAAUACCCGUAUCCAGAUCCCAUGUACUGCACCCUGGACGACACCGUCAUGUUUCUCGAUCGCCUUGAGGAGGAAUACGAGGAGUUCUCCAGUUUCUUCCAAGUGGAGAGAGCGUUGCUGGAUGGCAAGGAGAUUCAGUUGGUGGCCCUCGAGUCCGGGUGCACCGAAACCUUUCCUAACACGGAUCGGGUGAUGUACUGGGGGGAUGUCGGGGUUCGACUCGCCGAGUGGCAGCAGUUCUCGGACGAGAACGGACACGAGAUCCGCUUUGCGCAAAACUACGUCGCAAUCGACGGGACUAUACGGCUGCAAGAAUAUUCAUUGCGCGAUGAGGACGUCCUGGACAUUCGGGUGUCGACGUGGAACCCCUUGACCUUACCGGAUGCCCCCAGUGAAGUCGUCAACUACGCCUGCGACAUGGGAAUGGGUCUCGUCGUUUCUGCGCCCAUCAAGUCCAGCUUCCCGGCGACAUCCUAUUUCGCCAUCUACGGGGCGAUGCUGAACGGGUGGCACCUGGAGGCGCGUGUGAGCUUCCGAGACUGCGAGAACCCGUCUGGAUCCGGAUUGGACUUCUGGGGGGUUGCAGCCGGGUUCUACCUGCAGGAGAUGUUCCUCUCCGAUCCUGACACCCCGAUAUCAAUGAUCUUCACCGCGGCGUACACCCUCGUGACCGACUGGAGCGACGGGCAGGGCCGCGCCAUCAACUCCAUCACGAUGGCCUUCGAGCAGUCAAACAAGGUCACGGUCAUCCCCGGGCUGUGGACGGUGGAGGACGGCGCGCUCGUGAACAAGUUCGGCGAGGGAUUCUAUCUCGAGUGCCAGCUCGGCAGGGACGUCGUCGUCUAUGCCUCUGCUUUCGACGGAUCUCCAUUCGCUACUUUUCCGUUCAUUCGGUUGGAUUCUCUUGUAGGGGAGGAGUACGAGGAGUUCUCCAGUUUCUUCCAAGUGGAGAGAGCGUUGCUGGAUGGCAAGGAGAUUCAGUUGGUGGCCCUCGAGUCCGGGUGCACCGAAACCUUUCGUAACACGGAUCGGGAGAUGUACUGGGGGGAUGUCGGGGUUCGACUUGCGGAGUGGCAGCAGUUCUCGGACGAGAACGGACACGAGAUCCGCUUUGCGCAAAACUACGUCGCAAUCGACGGGACUAUACGGCUGCAAGAAUAUUCUUUGCGCGAUGAGGACGUCCUGGACAUUCGGGUGUCGACGUGGAACCCCUUGACCUUACCGGAUGCCCCCUCUGAAGUAGUCAACUAUGCAUGUGACAUGGGAAUGGGUCUCGUCGUUUCUGCGCCCAUCAAGUCCAGCUUCCCGGCGACAUCCUAUUUCGCCAUCUACGGGGCGAUGCUGAACGGGUGGCACCUGGAGGCGCGUGUGAGCUUCCGAGACUGCGAGAACCCGUCUGGAUCCGGAUUGGACUUCUGGGGGGUUGCAGCCGGGUUCUACCUGCAGGAGAUGUUCCUCUCCGAUCCUGACACCCCGAUAUCAAUGAUCUUCACCGCGGCGUACACUCUCGUGACCGACUGGAGCGACGGGGAGGGCCGCGCCAUCAACUCCAUCACGAUGGCCUUCGAGCAGUCAAACAAGGUCACGGUCAUCCCCGGGCUGUGGACGGUGGAGGACGGCGCGCUCGUGAACAAGUUCGGCGAGGGAUUCUAUCUCGAGUGCCAGCUCGGCAGGGACGUCGUCGUCUAUGCCUCUGUUCAAGAUUGAGAAAAUUUGUCCAAAUUCAAUAAAUUUGAGCUAACUCGCAGGA